AUGGCGGCUGCAGCUGGGAGAGUUGAUGAACUGGUGAAGGAUUAUUUAUUAUUCAGAGGAUGUACAGCAUCUCUUAGAAAUUUUGAGUACGAACUGAAGACUGAUAAAGAUAAAGGUUUACGAGCUGACAAGAUUUUAGAGCAGUUUCAGCAGUAUAUAGGGAGCUACAACCUUCACAGUCUCAGGGAUUUCUGGGCUCACCUCAACAGUCGGCUCUUCUGUCGCUUAGAACAACGAUAUAUUCAAAGCGUACGGAAGUUAGAAGUAGGUCUUUUGAAGCUUUAUGUUGUUAAUGCAGCGCAUAACAACAGAGCUGAUAAAGUGACUGAUUUUUUCGAGAAGAUGACCAACGAUUUGCAUCAGGUUCCGGAAUUUAAGGAAUGGUUUUGUUUCCCAUUUAUUAAGAGCCCGGAAGAGAACAGUCAUUUUUCAAUGUAUUUUACAAAACAAUGGCAGGAUAUGUUUUAUUUAUCACUUUUCAACUUCCUUAGUGUGAUUAUAAAUGUAAUGCCUGCACCUAUUCUAUUGAACUUUGAUAUUGAACAUAAAAGAAUGAAAAACUUGCAGGAAGAAAAUGAUAUGUUGAAAACACAGUUACUCUCUGCAGACAAAGCUCCAGUUCUAAAAACACCUAAUAUAAGAGAGAAGGAGUCUAUUAGGAGGGGUGCAAAUUCUGUAGAAUUGCACUAUGACUUCAGUGACCUUGGUGACGAUACUUUGGAGAUACAGAAGCAGCAGAAAUCUGGUCGAAAAUUUCCUUUCUCAGCAUCACCGUUACUUAAUCGAAAGCCAAAUUUUCUCUCAUCAAAUAAUAAGAGUCCAACAAAGUCACAGGGCAAGGCAAAAGCAGGUAAACCACAAUCUGUUAACAUUCAAAAGAAACAUCCGAGUUCAGGGUCACCGUCCAACCAAGGUCAUCCAGAGUUCACAAAUAGGUCACUCAGUAGCGGUGGAGCAGUUCAAAAAGCUGGUCAUCCUGAGACCACCUCAAGAUCAUUGAGCUUACAGGGUAAAUCAACUGCAUUUGAAACUUCAAGGCAAAAAUCAGUGCCAAACCAAGGGAAGCAAUCCAGUGGAACAAGAGUUGAUGAUUUGUAUACUACUGUAACAGCUGAGAAUGUACCUGGACCAAAACAAGAAAAUCCUGACCAAGACAAGACUAAAAAAAAUCAAGGAGAUUCCUCAGGGGAAGUAACUGUAAACACGAAGUCAAGCUAUGUGAACAGUGAAACUAUAGAAGAUUUAACACCAGUGAAUGAUAACAAUAAUUUUGCUGGGAUCACAAGAAAUCAAAGUGUAAUUGAUAAGUCAGACUAUCUACAAGAAGGUCAGGGUCCUUUUCUCCUCCUUAGUCAAGAAGAUUACAAAGAGCACCACUCAGCCAUAUCUUAUGCUCGAUUCAGCAAUAUGGGUCAGUAUGUAGGUAGUGUUGACAUCGAUGGAAUUGUCAAAAUUUGGUCUUGGAGCCCACAACCUACAACAUGUGCCACAGUGAUGUCAAAGUCUGCAUUUCUUUCACUGGAUUGGGCAAGCAAACAGGACCGUUGGUUACUGCUAGGCAAUCGCUCUGGCAAUAUCAGGCUUUUCGACGUUAAAGAGAUGAAAUCAUUUUAUGAAGCAUCAGCAGAUUCCAGUUAUCCUCGUAUAGUGAAUCUGAGUUCUAGUCCCUCAAGUGGAGCAUUUAUAUGUUCUGCCACUGUCAACAGGGCUCGCUCAGGAUCAGGGAGUGACAUCGGACCAUCAUCAUCCAUAGCUCGGGUUGGAAAACUAACUCUUUGGGAGCUGCGCACCAUGAAACAGACCAAGCAUCUUGAGAUACAGCCAGGCCCUGUGGCCAUCAACUGCUGCUCAUUCAACCACAAUGGUCAUCUCUUGUUGACUGGUGGAGUUGAUGGAGCUAUUCGACUUUUUGACAUGCAGCAACACAAAGUGAUCUCGCAGUGGGAGGCCCAUUCAGGGGAGGUACAGAACCUUCAGUUUAGCUCAGAUGAGACAAGCUGUUACAGCAUAGGAACAGAUGGAAAGUUGAUACAAUGGAGUAUGCAUAAGCCUGGGACCCUGAAUGACCUGCCUGUUCAUAGUGGUGCCUCCCUUCCAUUCCUGUCCGGCAUGUCAGGAGGGCUAAAAGAAAUGCCCCGGGGUCAGAUCUUUUCUUUGGAUGCCGAGGGAGAGUACAUGAUGACCUGUGAUAAGACCAAAGGAAGCAUGUACCAAGUCAAGGACAAAUCAUUGUCACAUGUCAUGGAUAUUCAGGGUCAUGGGUCAUUUCUCACCACGGUUGACUGGUCACCUAAUAUGGACACAAAGGUUUGCUUAACAGGGUCCAUGGAUGGAACCAUCAAAAUAUCAACUCUCUUAUCUACACAUAUGUAAAAUCAUUUUGAAACUAAGACGUAUGUAUUUAUUUAAAAUUUUAGUAUAAUUAAUCAUUCUGAAUCAUUCCUUGUUAUGAUUACUGGGUAAUUUUGUGUCUGUUGAAGAAGAGAAU